UGUCAUUGACCUAGGACUUCGGAUUGGUUAAGGCUCAACUUGUUGACCUAACUCCGCCCUAAGGCCCGCCCCACGCGCGCGAUUGGCCAGCGGGCCAGACCCGCGCGGUGAUUGGAGGGGCUGGGACCGGGGCAGGGCCGGAAGGUGACCUGCAUCAUGGCCGCCACGCCGCUGCUGCGGGACCGGCUGAGCUUCCUGCACCGGCUCCCGGUUCUCCUGAAGGGAACGUCGGACGACGACGCGCCGUGCCCGGGCUACCUGUUCGAGGAGAUCGCCAAAAUCUCGCACGAGUCGCUGGGCAGCAGCCAGUGCCUCCUGGAGUACCUCCUGAACCGUCUGCACAGCGGCUCCGGCCGCGUGAAGCUCAAGGUGCUGAAGAUCAUGCUGCACCUGUGUGCCCACGGCUCCUCCUCCUUCCUGCUCAUCCUCAAGCGCAACCCAGCCUUCAUCCAGGAAGCGGCAGGGUUCACGGGGCCCCCGGACCCUCUCCACGGGAACAGCUUGUACCAGCAAGUGCGGGCUGCCGCCCAGGACUUGGGGAGCACCUUGUUCUCGGACACCUUGUCCCCUCCUCCCCCGUCCCAGCCUCCCAGGGGUGACUCGGGUCCCCCCGCAGGCAUGGGCUCCCAGUCCCGGCCCCAGGGCGCCCUCCAGGGCUUCGGCUACAGCAAGGAGCACAGUCCCACGGGCUCCACGGGGGAAGCCUUCCUCGCCACCCUCCAGAAGGCCGCAGAGGUCGUGGCCAGCGCCGUGUGCCCUGGGCCCGAGGGCCCCGGCUCCCAGGGGCCCCUGCUGCAGGGGGACGCCUACCAGCCUGCUGUGACGCCUUCCGCCAGCCACGGCCACCUCGCCCCUGCGAACCCACCCCCUGGAGCCCUGCCGGGGGCCCGAGCCGCAAGACACCAGCCGGGGCAGGCGGGCGGGGGCUGGGACGAGCAGGACAGCAGCCCCAGCUCCCAGGGUUCUUGCCAGGACAACGGCCAGAGCAGGGCCUCAGGCUCCGGCACUUGGUCGGGCAGUGACAGCCCCUCGGGGGCCAGCGGGGUGCCCGGCGACCUGGCUGAGAGGGUGGAGGCCGUGACCCUGAGCGACUGCCAGCAGGAGCUGAGCCUGGUCCAGAUGGUGACACAGGGGCCACGCCCCUUCCUGAGCCAAGAGGAGGCUCAGCGCUUCGUCAAAGAGUGUGGACUGCUCAACUGCGAGGCGGUGCUGGAGCUGCUGACCCGCCGCCUGGGCAGGCCCGGCGAGUGCGCGCAGAUGAGAGCCCUGGGCGCCAUCGCCGCCCUGGGGUGCACGGACCUGCUCGCCCAGGAGCACAUGCUGCUCCUCGCCCGGCCCUGCCUGCGGGAGCUCAGCGCCGGCAGCCCCGGGCCCGUGACCAGCAAGGCCACCAAGAUCCUGAGGCAUUUAGAAGCCUCCUGCCGACAGCACGCCGCUGCCCGGAGGCCGCAGGCCGAGCCCAACCCCGCAGCCACGCGUGUGGGCGCGUCUGACCUGCUGACAGACGCUGUGCCUUUCGCCGGGGGCCCUGCGUCUCUCCAGCCUCUGAGUUCCACCCUGCUCUCCCCCAGGGGCCCUGCAGCCCCUCCCGCCCUGGGUGGGUGCCCCCUCCCAGGCCUCGGGGACGCCAGGAAGGCCGAGCCCAGACUGGCAGGUUCCAGAGAUCAGGAGCCCAGACCCGAGCAGGGCCGGUUGGGCUCGGACGCUCCCAAUGGAGGACCGGAAUCGGGCCCAUACCCCAGCGGCUGCCUGAGGGGCCCGGGGGCCAGCAGCGGCCACAAGUCCUUGUUUGCUGGCAUGCAGCUGGUGGCCUGCCCCCGCCUGGUGGAGGCUGGGACUGGUACCCAGGAGCCCCCGCAGCCCCCUUGGACGUUGUCACACAGCGUGGCAGCCCCAGAGCCUCCUGGCUCAGAGCCAUCAGCUUUCGCCUUCUUGAACUCAUGACCUGGACAGUGACUGCACACGGUCCCCUCCGCCCUCAGCCCCGGUGUCUGUGUCGGCCUCUCCCUCUCACCCUGAGGCCUUGGUGCGGGGAGCGGCCCAGCCAGGUGAGCGCAGCCUGGACGAGCCUCCAGGAAUGAGAGCAGGAGCCACGAGCUAGCCAGAACCGCGUGGAGGCGGGGGAAGCAGCUGGCAGGACUCGCAGGGUGGCGGGCGCAGAGCCCCUCGAUGUCUGCAGGCCCAGGGGCUGAGCUCUGGUGAAGGUUGGCAGCCGGCGGGCCCUGGGCUGCUGGGCCUCCUGCCUCGGCGCCCCCUGGUCUGGCGCCCUGAGCACACUGUCCGGCCGCGCGGUCCCAUCUGCAGAUGCCGUGGGGCCCCUCGGGACAGAGGGUCCCGCAGUCUCCCUGGAGGGCGGGAAGGAGGGGGCGCUGGUGAUUGAGCUCAGAGGCCAGACCCCCUCGAGCUGUCUCAUGGGGGCAGGUGUCAGGAGGGGGCCAGGUGCAGACAGCCCGGCUAGGAGAGGGGGACCUGGGCUGCCUCGGUUCUCCCCCUCCUCCCAGAGGCUGGCUGUCUGGCCUUGAACUCCUGUGGCCGCAGGGAACCCCACCUGCCUCGCUCUCGGAAACGGGUUGUGUGGAUUUGGAACCUGCUUGGAUCUCUGUAUUUGGGCUCAGAGCCCUCCCUCUGCAGGAGGCCACGGGCAGCCACACACCGGCCCUGCCCGGGCCAGCUCCCUGUGUGACCCCUGUGGGCACCCUCUGCAGGGGCUGCUUCCUGCAGGCUGCAGGGCGGCCUCUUGGGGCAACUCCAGGACCUUCCUAAAUAAACCGGUCACCUCACCAAGUGCUUUUCCUUCUUGCGCGUGUGUGCUCACGCGUGUGCGUGUGUGUGUGUGCAUGUGUGCGCUCAUGCAUGCGUGUGUAUGCGUGUUUGUGCACACGUGUGUUCUAAUGGAAUAGCCUUACUAAGGGGUGCACUCGGAGGACUUCUCAAGUUAGGGACUGGUGUUAUUUCUUCCUUAAAUGUUCUGAAGAACUCCCCAGAACUGUCUGAUCCUGUAAUUUUUGUAAUUGCAAGGUUUUUAACUUCGAAAUUCAGUUUCUUAAGUAGGUAUAGGACUAUUGGGGGCAUAUAUUUCUUUGUGAAUUCCAGUUGUGUCUUUUAAGGAAUCAGUUUCAUGAAAGUUGUCAAAUUGUCCUUUUAAUUUAUGUUCCAUCCUUCAUUUCUGAUAUUGACAAUGUUUUCCUCUCUUAGUCUGAUUAGAAGUUUAUUAUUGAACUUUUCAAGGGACUAACUUCGGCUUUUAUUCUUCUGCAGCUUUUGUGUUUCUGCUUCAUUGAUUUCUGCUCGUACUACCUCAGUGGUGUUUAUGUUUUUCCAGCUCCAGGUGGAAGUUUAGAUGAUUUUGUGUCCUAAUAAAGAGCACUUUAAUGUGUAA